CCCCAUGGCUCCCUUCUGCUUGGAGACUUCAACACUCACCACCCUUGGUGGGAGCCUCAGUGCCUUGCUGUCUCUCCAGGAGCAGACUCCUUUGUGGAGUGGAUUGAGUCCCAGCACCUGGAGCUGCUCAACACCCCUGGCACUGGCACCUUUUUCCGGUCCAACAUGAGCAGAGAGAGUGUGCUGGACCUGUCCUUUGUCUCCCAGGACCUGGCUUCUAGGGUGGAAGACUGGCAAGUCCUUCCCAGCAUUGGCUCUGACCACCAUGGCAUCCUCUUUGCCAUC